GUAGUUGACGGAAAGUCUGCUGAUUUACUAAUAUGGACUAAAAGUGGUGAAGAAAUAUUAGUAGAUGAACAAUCAGAACCUUUAAUAAAAUUAGACUUAACAAAGUUUGCAACAGAUAGUUUUAAAUUAUAUAAAAAACUAAGAGAUUGUCUAAAU